AUGGCCUCGUUCCGUUUCUGCGCAGAAUGCAACAACAUGUUAUAUCCAAAAGAAGACAAGGAUGGCCAGAGAUUACUCUAUGCCUGUCGUAAUUGUGGCUAUACUGAGUUGGCAGAAAACCCAAAAGUGUACAGACACGAGUUGAUUACAAACAUCGGAGAAACUGCUGGGGUUGUCCAGGACAUUGGAAGUGAUCCUACUUUACCCAGAUCUGAUAAGGAAUGUACAAAAUGUGGUAACAAAGAGUGUGUUUUCUUCCAGUCACAACAGAGAAGAAAGGAUACCUCUAUGAUAUUGUUUUAUGUCUGCUUGAACUGUAAGACAGUUUUCCAGGCGUAA